CUGAAGAGAAACAUUCCAAAAAGUGGCGGCCAACCGUCAGGGCGUCAGGUGCGAUGUUCCGGCUUGUGCUCAGCCCUCCGUUUCCACAGAUCCACAGCCUAGCAUCUUUACUGCCCUAGCUCAGUCAACUGCUUUUGGUACGUACCAGGCCGGAGUCUCUCCAGUGAUCCCCCACAACUUGUCCGCCUGGUACGUACCAAAUAUCAGCAACUUGCUCUGAAUCUAGCUAGAUCUGGAAGAUAAGCCAAGGUUCAGCUUUGUCUUGUCGAAACUUAGAUCAGAUCUCAAGUUGAGCAGACAAAGUCAGUCACAAUCUGAAACCUUGCAUUGCAUUGUAACUGGAAGCAACCUCGCAAGCAUUAGCAGCCAUGGCUUCCUCCGCCCUCGCCUCUGUGGCCCGCCUCUCUGGCGCCUCUCUCUUCACGGCCUCCAGGACUGCUGCUCCCUCCAGCAGGACCUUCGCUCCCAUCCGCGCGGUUGCUGAUGACCCGGCGGCCCCCGAUGCCACGGUCACGCCCCCUGAUGUGCUGAAGUAUGCCAAGGAUCUGCCCGGUGUGACCCUGCCCUUCCCCAACAUCUUUGACCCUGCCACCCUCCUCGCCCGCGCUGCCUCCAGCGCCCGCCCCAUCAAGGAGCUCAAGAGGUGGCGCGAGUCUGAGAUUGUCCACGGCCGCGUUGCCAUGCUUGCCACCCUUGGCUUCAUUGUCGGCGAGCAGGUCGAGGACUUCCCCGCCCGCUUCUUCCCCCACGUUACUGGCCCCGCCAUCUACCACUUCCAGCAGGUCGAGAACGAAGGCGCCAUCUUCUGGGAGCCCCUGAUCUUCGCCAUUGCGCUUGCUGAGUCUUACCGUGUGGGCCUUGGCUGGGCCACCCCCGACUCCACCAACUUCAACACCCUCCGCGAGGAUUAUGAGCCCGGCAACCUGGGCUUCGACCCCCUCGGCCUCCUGCCCACCGACCCCGCGGCCAAGAAGGACAUGCAGAGCAAGGAGCUGAACAACGGCCGGUUGGCUAUGAUCGCCAUUGCUGGGUUCGUCGCCCAAGAGUUGGUCUCUGGACAGGGCAUCUUUGAGCACCUCUUCAAGAGGCUCGGCCUUGACUAGAUACUUGUACAUUCGAGUUGAGCAUAAAAUCAGGUUCCGGCCGACAAUCAUAAAUGCAUUGACAGGUGCCAAAAGGAUUUGAGAGUUUCUGGGACUGUUUUUCAGAUCAGUCCUCUGACCGUGUGGUAAAGUUAGACAUGAACAGGUUGUUUUCUGCAUGUGUGACAUAGUACAGGCUAUAUAAUAAGAUUGAGACAAUUCAGCUGCGCAGCAAGACAAAUAAGUGACAUUGCUUUUGGCGUAAAGCUCAUCGAGGUGCAACCUCAGAAUUGAUUGAAAUGAACGUUUCGAUGACUUCGCUCAGAACACAGUCCCCCCACUCAGACUGGAGAAGUUUGGGUAUCCAUUACUGUUCCAUUCAACUUCGUCUCCCGUCUCCGGCCUUAUAUUCAGACGUAUACACCAUCCACGAGGCGACCUGCGGAAAUAAGGAACAAGAUACGUAUGAGAAUAUGAGAAAAGUCGACCGUGA